UAUGAAGAAUCGCAAAAUCGAUCCACAAGAGUAAGAUACUACCAGUUCAGGUUAUUCAACACCAGAUGAGAAAUGUGUGUAAAAAUAAGCUAAAAUCAAACACUUAAAAAAACAUGCAUUUGUCAAUCGGAUUUCAUUCUUAGAUGAUAUGGAUAAGGAUUCAGAAUUGACUAAAAAUAAAUUGGUUGGUUUUUACAAUAUGUUAUAUGUUGUGGCCUUCUAUUAUUUUAUCAUAAAUCCUAUCAUGACAUAUUGGAAAACUGGAUAAUGGAUUGAAACUUCAUUAUACAAUUAAAUGCGUCGAGAUCUCUUCAUGUGUAUUGUAACAUGGCCAUUGGUAUUUGAUUUAUCAAUAUGAAAUAGUUCUAUGCUUGGAGUCACAUAGCCUUGUUGAUUCAAUAUUUAGCAAUGAUGAACAUACCAAAAGUGUUAAUUUUUAUAAUACAACAUAUCAGUCAAAUAUGUAUGUUUGUAUAUGCACAUUAUUUGGUCUUAACUCGAGAUUGGUACUUACCUUAAGGUGCCUUUGUAACAUUUCAAUCAUGUGUAUUCUUCUUCAAAAUGCAUUCCUAUACUAUGACAAAUUAUAAAAUGAGAAGAGAGUGGAUUGAUUAAGGUUGUCCAAAAAGUACUGAUCCUUUUAGUUAUCCUAAUAAUAUUAACUUUAAGAAUUUUACUAAGUUUAUCAUGACUCCUGUAUUAGUUUAUGAACCUCAAUAUCCCUAAUCAGGUAAGAUAAGAUGGUGGUAUGUUAUUGUUAAAUUUAUCAAUACAAUUUCAAUGUUAAUUAUGGGAUAUAUGAUUGUUUCCAAUCAUAUUUAUCCAAUAAUUUUGAAUGUAAAUGCUUUAACAUUAGUUGAUUCUAUAUUUUAAAUGACUCUACCUCUGAUAUUUUUAUGUUUAACCUUAUUUAAUAUGAUCUUUGAGAAUUAUUGUAAUUUUUGGGCUGAACUUACACAUUUUGGAGAUCGUUAAUUUUAUACUGAUUGGUGGAAUUCUACAGAUUAUGAAGAAUUUAAUAGAAAUUGGAAUAGACCUGUUUAUGAGUUUCUAUAUCGUCAUGUAUAUUUGGAACUUAUAUUUGAAUUUGGAUUUGGAGUAAAAAAGGCAUAAUUAGCUACAUUUCUGUUUUCAGCUAUUUUACAUGAAUAUACAUUAGCAGUAAGUUUGAAAUAGAUUACUCCAAUAAUGAUUAUGUUUAUGAUGAUCUAAAUACCAGUAAUGUUAUGUACAAAGAGAAUAAAGGGAACUAAAUUUGGUAAUUUAUUUUUUUGGUGGGGAAUUAUUUAAGGAUUACCAUUAAUUUUAAAUUUAUAUCUUAGAUUCAAUGAAUUGCCAAAAUUAUUGUUUGAAUGAG